AUCGGGACUUACAAGUGUCACGCGAUUGGUUGUCCACACGUGCUGUUUAUUAGCUCAGUGUGUCCACUUAUCCGCGCCAAAACGAUGAUGUCUUUUGGAAGUAAAAGAAAACAAUUAUAGCCACGUAAAUUGAAAAUCAUCAAGUACACCUCAAUUCGGUUUUGUCAAUAUGGCGACCAUUUUCAAACGAAGUGGCGCAGCCGUUAUAGCAGCAGUUUUGGCUUUUAUAGCGUUUGUGAUGAUCGUAGCUGCGUUGCUUUCUGAAUACUGGGUUAUGGCGAACCUCGAACGUCGCGUCGGCAAUUCGACACAGACAGGAGGAUCGAAACAUUUUGGAAUGUUUAAAGGGGUAAGCAAGCAGGAUUUUGGACUAGGCGCUAGAGAAAGAGGCUUCGAAGGUAAAACUUAUCUUUUUUAAAAAAUCAAUAUUUUUAAAUCGAAAGAUGUUAAUAACCAUAUAGAAGUUGUAUCGCUUUAAAUCUUUAAUGGUACAGCUCAAACUACAGAACAAAUCACAUCAAAAUAUCUAUGUAGCAUUUUGAUCGGUCUAAAAAUGAUUCUGUAAAUUUUUUUUUAUGCACUGACAGAAAAAGUGAUAAAAUUAGCAUUUAUGGUCGAAAGCUCACAGAAUCCUUAUUCAAGAAAAAAUACCUGCUGACAUUGUAACUACGGGCGAGGUAUUAAAUUUCGUUGCUAAGUAAAUUUUCCCAAAGCACUUAAACUACCAAGCGUUUGUAUCUCCGAAAAUUUACAUCUUUUCGUGGAAGAACCUGAGUGUGUGUAUAAAGCAUGAAAUAGUGGCUUUCAACACUAAAAUGUUUUGCUCAAAAAAAAUGUGUGUUUCGUCAAGGUCUUGAGACAAUAUAUGUAAGUUAAAUUAUCCACUACCAUUAUACUGUUAAAAAAAAUAAGACGAAAAAGAUGAGGCAAGCUCAAUAAAAAAUUAAAAAAUUGGUUCCCAAAUCAAAGAAUGUAUUGUCGAUGCAAAUGAGGGUCUGUUUUGUUUGUCUCAAAGGGAGAUCAAGGGAGUCAGGUUUUGAAGAUAAUUUUGACUACUAAGUAUGAGGACUAUCAGCCACCUGCCUUAACAAACCGAUUCUCAAAAUAACUGAAGGUUUUUACAAACAUCUCCUGACAGGUUGUGCAAUACCUGGGAAAAAAAAUUUCCAGGCCUUUUUUACAAUCAGUGUAUUCAGUCUCCAGAUAAUUUUCAUUUGUCAUAGCCUCAAGUAUUACCUUUGUCAACAUUUGUCACUUUGUAGAAUCAGAGACAAAAUAAUGGAUAUAUUCUCUCUUGUAAUUGUAAAGUUAAAUAAACCAUUCAAGCCUGCACCUGCAAGGCUACUGGAAAAUUUCAAGAUGGAAAAGUGGUAUUGAAAGCCAAACAUGUGGAUAUAUAUUUGGAUUAAAAUGAGGUUGAAGGUGCAAAUUAAAGUACAGAAUGUGUAUGAUGUGGUGUGAAGAUUAUAUUGAGUGUUUCCUUAAAGAUUCAGGGCAUAGCUAAGAGUAUUCCUGGCUGUAAAAAAUCCCUAUUUUGUCAGGAAAAAGUGAAAAGUUUAAGUAUUCUCAUUACCUGUUUGCUGGAUUAUUAACAAUUAUUCCAUGAGUGCAUAUUGGAUAUGAAAUGGUGGUAACCAACAAGGCACAUUGGAUAUGAGUUGGCCUAACCAAUCUUGCAUCCAACAAGUGCAAAUAGGAUUUAAUUGUUUUAUCAAGUUUCAUUAAAUCCUGAGCAUUUAGAUAUUUGGAGCUUUUCUUCAGCCUCAUAACAAUUGGCACAAUGCAUUUCCAUACAAUGUGACUUGCAAUAUGAGCUGAUAACCAGAGUUGAAUGUACCAAUCAGAACACUAGAAAUAUUAAUUAUUUAGGGAGUGAAAGGGUUAAUUUUAAGUUUUGGAUUAGUUAUUUGUCAAUAUAUGCUUUUAUGCUUGGCCACAAAACAACAAUAUGGCCCUCUUAUUUCUUGUUUCAGUCAAAGAUGAAUUUGAAGGUGUGGCUAAUGAUAAUGUAAUGUGGGCAACAGUGGGCUUCUGUAUUCUCAGUUUACUUGUCAUCUGCAUCAUGAUUGGACUUUCCUGUUAUAAUGAGUUUACCAAGCCAGACCUAACUAUCUGUGGUACUAUUGGGAUAUACAUUUGUUGUGGAGUUGCAUGUAAGUAUUUCUUAAUUGGAGCUUUUUUCAACUAAGUAUCAUCAAAUCCAAAGUAAUUGUCGUUGUCAGUCAGAAAAAAAGGCAAAUACACAUCAGGCUGUGGGUGAUAAGUUGUGGUAAUUUUUAUUUUAAACUUGCAUCUGAUUGACUACACAAUGUAUAUUUUUUAUCACAAUUAAUUUGUUGAAGAAAAAUAACAUGUACAUGUACAUACUGAUAUACUUUAUAUAAAGGCAUCAAGCUUGGCUUGUUUGUCAUAAUUAUUUAUGUAAUGACCGAUUCAAAGAAAACAUAUGAGAAUUUUCCAAACUAUUGAAAAGUGUACCAAAUAAAGUGCACCAUGGAAGCACAAGGUUGGGUUAGAAAAAGAUCUUGUUGUGAAUACAAUAAACUGAAAAAAUGGCAUAAACUGCUCCUGGUUUAUUGUCAGUUGUGAUGUUGAGAAAGGAUUUUAUUCUGCAUAAGGCAAGAACUUACUAAAUAUCAUUCCUACCCAAAAAUCAUGAAAUAAUGUACUCAAAUUUAUGCAAAAUUCUUUUUGACAUAAGUACUGACUUGAGUAUGUUUCUUCCUUAUCUCAGUUCUCUUUGUCAUGACAUCUGCCUGCCUGUUUGCUGCAUUAUUUGAACUUCAACUGAAGAAAAAUGUCCUACAGCCCCAAGAUCAAAGCCGUGGGUUCUCUUCCUUUGACAAAGCUCAGCUGGGAUAUUCUUUCUGGAUUUUAUUAGGUGCUGCUGGUGUUAUACUUAUUUGUCCAACAAUUAUUUUGAUGAAAAAGGUUCACUGCACGCAUUGCUUCAGAGCAAAAAAGCAUGAGAUAAGCACUGUAGAUGGAGUUAUGCUGUAUUAGUUUUUCACUCACAAUAAGUUAAACUUAAAAUAUUUAUAGCUAAGGCCAAUGAAAAAACUAUUUCAGAUUUUGUGCAGUUUCUUUUUAACCCUGUGCCAAACUUACAGAGAUACUAAAAAUUUUCCCAACCACAACAAAUCUAAAUACAUUUCCAUACUAGUGUGCAUACAGCUACAGAUGAAGAUGAAGACUGCAGAGAUUCAAUUUUAUCACUUAUUUUAAGUUUAUUUAUCACAUAAGAGUUUUAUAUAAUUUGUAAUUAAUAACAAGGUUUAUGGCCAGACAGGUUAAUUGAACCCUCUUUAACUUACAGCUGUAUAAUGAUACACAAUGUAUAGUCAAUAUGUAAAUUGGAUGUAAAAUAUAUUUUCCAUUUCAUGGGAUUUAUGGUUUACUAACGGAGAGUAUUCAGCAAAUCAGCAGAUUAUGUUGAAUGAUUUGACAAUCAAC